GAGGAGAUAGUCUCGCCCACUGAGCUGCUGGACCUGGUCGACAGCCUACCAGCACUCAACCCGAUGGAACUGCUGGGCGAGUGGUCGGCCGGCAGCUUCAACACGCGGCACCCGGCGCACGGCUGGCUGCGCUCGAUAAACUGGGUGGGGAUAACGUUCCGCAGCGUCGACGACGUGGAGCCGAUCGUGGUGGCGGCGCAGACGCGCGACGGGCCCGGCAAGGGACAUCGGCGGAAGUGGCUCGACGAGUGGGGGAACGCCGAGGUCAUCGAGGCCAAGUACCGGGGCGUCGUGUCGGCGGCCAUGGUGUGCGACAACCACCCCGUCGUGAACCACUUCCGCAAGGUGACGGACAACGUGGUGCUGGGCAUCAUGAGCGCCAAAAUGUAUCGCCAUGCGGGGCUGUUUUUCUUUUAUUUGACGAGGCUGUGA